AUGCAUAUAAGGAUUAAUGGAUUCGAUGAAUUGGCACCCGGCGCAUUUGUCGAGACCGUCCGGUGGAGCGGUGUAGCGAACAAUUGCACUGAGUGCAAUUUUACCGAAGGCUCAAUGGGUAAUAUUACCGGUGUAACCCGGGCGUUAUUUAGUAUUGAAUGGUUUUAA